GAAGGCGCUGGCGGGCAGUGAUGGCGGCGGGUGAUGGGGACGUAAAGCUAGGCACCCUGGGGAGCAGCGGUGAGCGCGGCGGCGACGGCGGCGGCGACGGGAGCCCUGGCGGCGCGGGAGCGACGGCGGCGGGGAGCAGUUGGGCGGCGGCGCUGCUGGCGGCGGGCGGGGAGAUGCUGCUGAACGUGGCGCUGCUGGCGCUGGUGCUGCUGGGGGCCUACCGGCUGUGGGUGCGCUGGGGGCGGCGGGGUCUGGGCGCGGGGCCCGGAGCGGGCGAGGAGAGCCCGGCCGCCACGCUACCACGCAUGAAGAAACGGGACUUCAGCCUGGAGCAGCUGCGCCAGUACGACGGGGCGCGCACGCCGCGCAUCCUGCUCGCGGUCAAUGGGAAAGUCUUCGACGUGACCAAAGGCAGCAAGUUCUACGGCCCCGCGGGCCCAUAUGGAAUCUUUGCUGGCAGGGACGCCUCCAGGGGGCUGGCGACAUUCUGCCUGGAUAAGGAUGCACUUAGAGAUGAGUAUGAUGACCUCUCAGAUUUGAACGCAGUGCAAAUGGAAAGUGUUCGAGAAUGGGAAAUGCAGUUUAAAGAAAAAUAUGACUAUGUAGGCAGACUCCUAAAGCCAGGGGAAGAACCGUCAGAGUACACAGAUGAGGAGGACACCAAGGAUCACAGUAAACAGGAUUGAACUUGGUGAACAACCAAAGCCAGAGGCCUUCAGAACUGCAACUCUUACUCCUUCCAGAGAAUGUCCAGUCUUUGGGUGUGGUGCACCUGCUGUGAGAAACACUUCGCCAGAGUAUACAAGAUGACGUGCUUCACUAGGAAGAUCUGAAUAUGAGGCAUUGUGUGUGCAGUUUGUACUGUCUGGUGGGCUUCAUCAUCCUGAAAAGGAGACAGGGCCUUCUUAACUGCAAGAAAGUCACCAGGUUCCUUUGACCCCUCCCCUCCCUCCCUCCCUUCCUCCCCUCCUCCCCUCCUCCCUCUUUCUUCUUCCUCCUUCCUCUCUGCCUUCCUGUCCCCCACCCUUCACUCGCUCUCUUUUAAAACAAAACAAAAAGUAUCAAAGACACCGGACCGGUAUUGACUGCUCAGUGUGCAGAUCUCUGGAACCAGCAAGGGGCCUGUUCACGGGCUGGGGUUAUUGUGUUAAGGAAGAGCCCUGGGGUUGCACAUUCGUUGAAGAAGUUCAAGCUACUGAAAGGUUAAAAGUGAAUUCCCCAUUUUUUUUUUCUGGGCUUUGUCAGGGAAGAGAAAGAAACUUCCUUCUAAGAAAGGUUUGGAAAUGAGAGGGACUUGCAGUGGAUUGAAGUCGGCGGUCCCCAGCUAAGAUAAUUUGAAACCAAUUUUAUUUCCUUCCCUUCCUUCCGCUAGGUCAAAUCAAUAUUAAUUGUGCCUUAUUUCACUUCCAUAAACUUGAAUUAUUUUUAGGAAAAGCCCCUCUGUGAAUUCCGAAGUCACUACAAGCAGCAUGGAGACUGAGGUUGCUGUCCUUGUGUGUAGAUGUAAAGGGACACUCAGUGUUACUGCCAUGUGUUAAUACGCAGACAUAGCAUGGUGAUGGCCAAAUGCAGCCCCUGUGCUUUUUCCUUUUCCAAGAAAGAGUGAAAAAUCAACAACUCUUCCCCAACAGCUGCCUAAUUUUAAGAGUCUGACCCUCACAUGUCACUGGUGUGGGUGCGUGGGGCCGUGGUAUGAAUGUCUGUGUGGGUGAGUCUGGAUGUGUGUGAGAGCACCUUGGGAGGGACUCUUUCUGCGAUGCUGUAAAUACGAGUACCGUUUUAAUAAAGCAUGUACAGUGAACCAAAUAAGCUGGAGUUGGACUCUAAAUGCAGAGCCGUGAGCCAGUGUGUCGUAUGCUAAUAAGACUGCAUUUGAUUCAGGAUGAGGAAAAAACUCUGGGAAAUGAAAAUCGAGCACUGGUUAGCCAAGCUGUCCAUGUACCACAUUCAGUAUAACUGAGGCAGUUCCACUGCGGUGGAACUCUCCCGAUGUGGGAUCGUUCAGGUAAGAAGUGAUGUAUUACAGUGUACAUAUUUGUACUCAGGCUUUGCUGCCCCUGGUUAUGCCAGAAGCACUAGCCUUCCAAGCAGUAGCUGACCUAAAACAGUAUUACGGAUAGCUAUUAAAUCCCUCCAUUGUUAGUUGAAAAAGUUCUACUUCAGAGCCUCCUUAGGUCAAAUUUUGGCUUCAUCCUGAUGAAUUCUUGGUCCGGGACAAGUUGCUCCCACAUAGAAAAGCCCAAAAUGGGUGACAUGGAAAGACUUGUGCCAGAUGGGUGUAUGCAUGCAGAAACCAUCAAGAUGACGUGGUAAGCAGAGGGUGCAAAAUGCUGCGUUCCCAUUCAGUCCUGGAAUAUUCUCUAGAAAAGUGUGGUUGUCACCAAAUCCUGGCUGAAGAGCUCUUGUGAUCACUGAACAGUGUCGAUAAAUGCUUUCUUUUUUAUGUAAAAUAUUUUCUAAAACCAAAUUGUUAAAGUGUAGAUCCUCUGAUGUAGUAAAUGGUAUAUCUGCACUGUUGGACCUGAAGGUUGAGACCCUGCAUCUGUGAGAAGCCCCAGGUGUUCAUGCGGUAAAAACAAUGCAUUUUGUUUCUAAAGGAAGUGGUUUUGUGUUUUGGACUUGAAAUAAACUAUUGUAUAGAUAAUUUCUUAACUCCAGUCAAAUGUCUCAUUGUCAGUAGCGUGCAGCAGUCUUGGAGGGGUCUGUCUGUAACUGGCAUGUUUCCCCAAAUUGCCUGCUUGUUAGGGGUUUAAAAGACAUGUGUUCAUUUUUCUUUUCCUUCAGUGUUAGAGUUCAAACCCAAGGCUUCACACACUGCUCAGCCAUUUAGCUACAUCCACUUCCUACCUGCUGAGCCUAAGCUCAUUGUAAUGAUUCCUCCAGUCAUCCUUAGGAUUGGGCAUGUCUGAGAAACACUGCGUUCAUCUUUUCAAGUUGUGUGGUCCGUAUUUGCCAUGCAAUAAAAAUAGAACUUAGAA